GCUGGCGCUGCUGGUUGCUGUAGGCUUGUGUACUGUAAGGAGGGUCGAGGUCGCCCGCUGCCGCUGCCGCCGCCGGAGAGAGACCCUCCGGCUGUCUAAGCACUAAUAAUGUCUUUCAUCUUUGAUUGGAUCUACAAUGGCUUCAGCAGUGUGCUCCAGUUCCUAGGACUCUACAAGAAAUCUGGAAAACUUGUAUUUUUGGGUUUGGACAAUGCAGGGAAAACCACUCUUCUACACAUGCUCAAAGACGACAGAUUGGGCCAACACGUACCAACAUUACAUCCGACAUCAGAAGAGCUGACAAUUGCUGGAAUGACAUUCACGACUUUCGACCUUGGUGGGCAUGAGCAAGCACGUCGGGUUUGGAAAAAUUAUCUCCCAGCAAUUAAUGGCAUUGUCUUCCUGGUGGACUGUGCGGAUCAGCCUCGCCUCAUGGAAUCCAAAGUGGAGCUUAACGCUUUAAUGACCGAUGAGACAAUAUCCAACGUGCCAAUCCUUAUCUUGGGUAACAAAAUUGACAGAGCAGAUGCAAUCAGUGAAGAAAAGCUCCGUGAAGUAUUUGGGCUUUAUGGACAGACCACAGGAAAGGGAAAUGUGACCCUGAAGGAGCUGAAUGCCCGCCCCAUGGAAGUGUUCAUGUGCAGUGUGCUGAAGCGGCAAGGCUACGGUGAGGGCUUCCGCUGGCUCUCCCAGUACAUUGACUGAUUGAUGUCUGGACAGUGGAAAUAAAAGAGUUUGACUUCUUUGGACUGAUCCUAUACAAGCUUCCUCACGAACUUUUCCAAUACAACAAGGAAAGCUCCCGACCGUGUCUGGCUUCAAGAAGCCGAGUCUCUGUCUGCUCUCCUUGUCCAGUGGUGACGUGUGCUCUUCUCCACACCGGUGGGACCUGAUGCUUCUCAUGUGCUGGAAGGACAUUCCCCACCCCACACCCCAUAACCCUCUUCUCCAGACUUGGAAGUUGGCGGGAUUUUCCCAGUCAAGCUGUGUGCCGCCACAGGGCACCUGAGGAGAAAAACACAUCUCACCAUCAUGAUUUCAAAAGAAAGUGAAUCUAUUUUUUCAAGAAAGUGUUGUCAAUGUAAUUGGUUUCCCUCCUAACUUUUUAAGUUAAUAGUG